AUCUUCAUUCAACAAACUACAAUUACUAAUAACAUUCAAAGUCUAAAAAGAGCUUCUUUUUUCAUUUUAUUGAAAUUUUUUGAUUCUUUUAGAAGAAUUUUUUGAAAAUUAAGAUGGAAUUCAUUUCAAGAAAUAACCAAAAACAACAGCUUCUUUCAAAGAUAGCAACUAACGAUGGACAUGGAGAAAACUCAGCUUAUUUUGAUGGUUGGAAGGCUUAUGCAAAUGAUCCUUUUCAUCUAACUGAUAAUCCUAAUGGUGUUAUUCAGAUGGGUCUUGCUGAAAAUCAGCUUUGCUUUGAUUUGAUCCAAGAAUGGGUGGUGAAUAAUCCAAAAGCAUCAAUUUGCACUGCUGAAGGAGCUGAAGAUUUCCAGGAGAUUGCUAUUUUUCAAGAUUAUCAUGGCUUGCCAGAGUUUAGACAAGCAGUUGCAAGAUUUAUGGAGAAAGUGAGAGGAGACAGAGUUACAUUUGAUCCAAACAGAAUAGUAAUGAGUGGAGGUGCAACUGGUGCUCAUGAAAUGCUUGCUUUUUGCUUGGCUGAUCCUGGUGAUGCCUUUUUGGUUCCUACACCAUAUUACCCUGGGUAAGAAUACCAUCCGUUUUUUUAACUGUUCAGUAUUCGAAAUUCACUGUCCUGACUACUUAUGAUUCAUGCCACAUGGCAUUCCGGUCAAGAGUUUCUCCGUUCUCAGAGCUCGAAUUAGUGAUGUUUCCUCCAAGAAAUUUCCUAGUUUAAUUCAUUCAUGAUCAACUUUGGUUUACAAAUCACUAUAUCAUAAGUGUCUUCCUUUGACUUGCAUAUUUUCAACUUAUUUUGGUGUUUGGACCUAGUAAACUUAUUGGUGUGGGACAUGAAAUCAACUACUCCUAUGUCCAAAACUGAGAAAGUAGGUCCUCUAAAGUAACAUCCUUCAUAACUUCCUGGUCCUAAUAAGUGACAAUGACCAAAACUUGAGACACAUCAGAGAAUCUCACUUUUUUAUAAAGUUGGGACUUGGUCCAUCAUCAAGUUUUUAAAAUCAUUCUUCCCAUAAAAGUCAUCCAUAAUUGUUUCUUAUUAGAAACACUAACAAAAAUGAUAGCCCCACAUGUAAACAGUAGCUGUAGUAAUUAAAAAAGGUUGCAUGGUUUUCAAGUUUGCUACAUUAAAUUAAUGAGGUACUAAAGUAAUUGUUUUUUCCAUUUGUAAUAUUGCAGAUUUGAUAGAGAUU